ACUGAUCAUAGCUGUACACUGUGACAGUUCAGUGACAUUAUUUCGGUGCCAGGUGUGAAAUGCUGCUCGGCUUGACAGCGAGCACACGGCUGCUGUCUCACCGGCCGCUCCUCGUGCAGAGUCGCAGCGUGAAAUCACUAAACACCGCCGGAAGUGCUGCUCUUGACAGCGCGCUCUCUGCAUUCAGGUCGAUAUGUGGCGAGGACGGCGUCUCAUUGGGCGAAGCUGUCAGAGAGCAACACGGCAAAGAUGAGUCUGUACACAGAUGUUGCCCCCCUGAUGUGGUGUUGUUCCCUCGUUGUGUGGAGGAGGUCAGCGCCCUGGCAAAGGUCUGCAACAACCACAACCUUCCCAUCAUCCCCUUUGGCACUGGAACUGGCCUGGAGGGAGGGGUCAGCGCAGUCAAG